UGAGGUUAGAAAUUAUACAGCAUCUACAUUUCUAUCAUUCUUCGAAAAGCUUAUCACAACUUGCCUAGUAUCAGCAUUCAUUUUUGAAUAAACCCUAGCAGCAGACGAAGAAGGGUUUUUUGUGAGAUAACAGAAAACUCUGCAGGAGCUUCAACUCAAAUAUAGUCGCAGCCGUUUUGGAGAAAUCUAGAACUGCAAAAAUUUCAUUUUACGAUUCAUUAUCAUUAUCGCCGAUCGGUGUCGUCCCGACAUUGAGCCGGUGUUUUGCAUACAUACAUUACCGAAACAAGGAAGUAAACAUUUUCCAAAAUAAUAAAAAUACAAAUUCUUAAAUUCUUCCUCGUUGCACGACGGGCCCAUUAAAAUUUUUGUUUUUCCUCUUUCGGCGACCAUUCUGUCGAUAUUUUUACGACCUAGCUGUUGAGAAAGAUCAACACGGUUCUCACGACCAGCUGAUCCACAAAAAGCAAAAAAAUGCUUGAAAAGAUCAAAACCUUCGACCUGCCCAUUUUUUUGGGGAACCAUGUCGAGGACAAACACAAAGAUAAAGAAGGGAGCAGCCGGGGAACCGAGCGUAUUAUUCGCUCCCCCGCUUGUGCCGGUGUGAAGAUGAAGAAGAAGGAGACAGAAGCCAGACGCUCCAAUCCCCGGGUGAUGAAAAAAUUCGCGGCACUGGUGGCCGGAGCGGGGGCCGUGUCUUGCGGUGGAUUUUUGAACCUGAUUCCAUUCAAGGAGCACAAGAACGAGCUAUCGUGGUACUACUACCCCACGACUUUUGCGCUGGCGUCGGAGCUGCAAGGAGGCACGACGGGAGAUACCUCAUCUGCGGGACGAGGUGGAGCGGUUGAGGAUCAUCAACAGCCUCGCGCGGCGGGACGUUCUCGCUCCCGCAGUAACCGCCGCGGGGGGACAUUUUCUAGUACGCCGCACCAGGCUCAGGCUCAGGAACACGAACAGCGAGGUGCCUCGGCCUCCGGCGCCGCUCAAGAAUCUCAAUCUGGUGUAGUGACCACCACUUCCGGUUCCGUAUCCAGGAAAAAACACCCAUCCCCAUCCAUUUUUUGCAUGAAAAAUAGUGGAAUUUAUGCACGUUUUGCAUGACAAAUUGGAUGGGGAUGGGUGUUUUUUCCUGGAUAUUCCGCUGACGAGCCCUAUCUGGACGCGAGCGUGUCCGCGAAUCAUGGAGCUCGUAGUUCCGCUGACGAGCCCUAUCUGGACGCGAGCGUGUCCGCGAAUCAUGGAGCCCGUAGUUCCGGUGCGGCCCCUUUUCGCGCUACUUUCGAUCCCCUGCCGAAUGGUUGGGCGCAGGUUCGUGCACAAGGCUCUUUCGAUUUCCAGGUAACUCGGCCCGCCGCGCGCGCAGGUGGUGGAGACGAGCGCUCCACUACUUCCCGGCCCCGGUCUCGCAGCCGCAGCUCCUAUGCAUUGCAAAAGUAUCGUACUCGUAGAAAUGCAUGACAAAUUCCCUCAGCAUGAAAAAUAAAAUUUGUCAUGCGGAUUUGCCUUGAGAUAAAAAUUUGUAAUGCAUGAUUGCAGUUUUUACUACGAGUACGAUACUUUUGCACAGGAUAGCUCCCGGCCGCACACGACCGGGACUGCCGAAGAGCCACAACCUGGAGCCACGCUAUGGAUCUGUUAGGAUUGAAAUUGUCAAAGUUGAAAUAAUUUGUCAUGCAUAAGCAUAAAAUGCGUGACGCGACGAGGCACGGGCGUUGCAGAGCAGGCAAGUGAGGCCGAUUGUGAGCCUCUUUGGGGUUAAAGCUCGAGCUGCUAAAGUAGCAUGAGAAAAUCAGUCUUCUUUGCCUGAACAGCAUGACAAACUAGAUUUAGGGACCGCCAAGAUUUGUCACGCGCUACUUGGAAACUGGGUUCUGGCAUCGUCCAUUUUAUGCAUGACAAACUAUCUCAACUUUGACGAUUUCAAUCCUGACACUCCCAUACACGCCGGCCCUGGUCCGCGAGGUGAGUGAUGAACGCAACCGGCAAGCGCCGGAGCAGCGCGCGUCGCUGUUGGACCACCGCAUGUCCCAGAUGCAUAUGGUGUGGCACAACCGCUUUCAGCAGGAACUCGGGGAUUCCGUCGAAAGCUGCAAGGACGCUGUUCGUCGCCACCACGAGUCUCCCGACUUCUCCAUGGGCGACGUAAUGGCCCGGGAACGCGGUUUAGAUGACGAAGUGGGAGCCUACUACGCCGGUGUGCAGAACCUCAUGGGCUCGUUUUGGGAAGCCAUCGCGGUAUUGAAACAGCAGAAGUUGUAGGAAGGCUAGUUAGUCGCUGCAGCUUUUGAUCAUCGAUCUACUGUUUUACUUUUUUUUUUCUAGAAGUACGACUACUUUUUACAGGCAAGGCAACGUCGUCAAGAACGUCGCGUGACUCGUCUGAAGUAGACCUCCACUGCAUCACAAACCUCCUUCACCAGUUUGUUCUCUUUCUGUUGUGGUUCUGAUGAUAAAUAUGAGAACAUUAAACUCGUGCUGCCCAGCUGCGCCUUCGGCUUCGUUAUCGUGCCUGCUCCUUCCAUUUAACAAAACAGGUCCACACCCGGAAAUGGCCGGAGCCCGUCGCCAGAGAAUUCCACUUCCGGUUUCGCGUCUGGUCGCUUGCUAUGCAUUGCAAAAGUAAUUUAUCGUAUUUGGUUUUAGUAUAGUAGGAGUCGCAUGACAAAUUUUUAUUGCAAGAAGAAAAAUGCAACUUGUCACGCAGAUUCAAGUAGGGAGCAGGAUUAGGAUUUGUCAUGCAAUUAUAGUGCGAUUAGAUACAGAUAGUACCAGUGCAAUACAACUUUUGCAAUGCAUACCUGCCGUAUUUGCCACCUCCAUGCCGCGUGAAAUUUACGCCCGCUUUCUGUCCCAGCUGAAGUCCUAUGCAUUGCAACUAUGUCUGGGUCUGGAAGCCUGUGAUGCUGAAUUGAGCAUGAUUGAAGCGCUUGCAAUCUUCGCAGCCAAGCAUGACAAGUUUUUGAGGCGCCUGCUUAUGCCUAGCACGCAGCACAAAUUGCGUUUUUGCAUGACAAAGGAAGCUUCUCCUUUGCUCCUCGUGCAACACAGAUUUUACAGAAAUGCAAGACACGCAUCACAAGUUCCACUGUUCCAGACCCAGACAUGUUUGUAUUUCAUAAGUCCCAGCCACCGCGUUUGUCCCCGGAAAGCAAGGUGUAUGCGCUCGACGCGGAUGAUAUCACAAGAAAAAACUGUUUCACUGUGAACUUGUAAUGCAGAAACUGUAUCUGAGAAGUGUUUGUCUUGCUACACAUGCAAGACAAUGGAUUUUUAGCUGUCUUUUCCCUUAGGAAUCUAGCAUGGCAAAUUUUCUCUGUGAUGUAGAGCAAACUUGUGAUGCAGAACUUGCAAAAUCCUUACAGUGAAACACUUUUUUCGUACGAUAGAUGAGUACAGUCGCGGUCGUAUCCUGAGGAAAAACGUCCCCACUCCAGAGUUGUCAUGCAGAUUUGCAAUGACAAAGACAUUUAUGAUGCGCAUACCCAUGGUAGACAUUUCCAAUCGUGUUUUGGAAUUUGUGGUGCUGAGAACAGGAUGAGCAGAUGGGUCUGUGAUGCGGCUGCACUUGCUAACCUGCACUACACUACGGAGUGCAACUUGUCAUGCGCGACUCCCGAGACUCCUAGGUUUGUGUUGCAAAAUCCCCAUCUUGACUAUGGGGUGCUGGGGACGUUUUUACACCGGAUAGGUCGCUCAACUUUAUGGUUGAUCGCCGGGCUUCCAGUUGGACACUAUAAAUUUUUGAAGGGGGUGCAGACGAUGCUGCACGUCCUCAAGAGCCAGCCCGUUACCGUGAACGGGCGGCCUGCGACCACUUCGACUGGAGGAAGAACGGCGCCAGCGGAAUCUUCAAGUCUGCCCGCUUCUGGGUCGCGUCUCCUGCGUGGUCGGCGUGGUACUGAAGCAGGUUAUCAAAUGCAAGAAUGUCUGGGUCUGGAAGAUUGCGAGAAUUGUCAUGCUUGUCUGGCAUGACCAAAAAGUUUGUGAUGCGUGUCCAAGAAGAGACCCUUUUGCCUGUCAUGCAAAAACGCAGUUUGUCAUGCGAAAGACGCAACACAAAGAAGCGCAGAUAUUUCUCAUGCUUGCCUGUGCAUCACAGAGCAUCCACUAUUCCCAACGCAGCAUUACAAGUUUCCAGACCCAGACAUAUUUUUGCAGUUGAUACAGGUCGUGGUAUAUCAAAGUGAUAAAUAUUUGCAUCUAUCUCGUCCCCCACCACCUGCUAAAAUUUUCUAAUUCGUAUAUUCCGAGACCGAGCUGCAUGAGGAGGCGGGGGGAUCAAAGAUCAACCACGUUUUUCGUUUUGAUAUCCUGCCAGUUUAUCAGCCUCUUCGUCUUCUGCAUUAUCUGGAGCUGCCAGCUCUUCCAGCUCCGCGCAGGGGUCGUUCUCGUUUGCGCCGCCUACCCGGGUAGCUGCCGGAGUAACUUCUACACCAGCACACAUCGCAGCUGCUUCGGGGGAGGCCGCGUCAGCAGCACCAGCACCAGCUCCGUCCCCCUACGCGCAGGGGUCCUACGUCACCAGUAUCGGCGUGGAAAAUAAGAAUCCCGAGCUGCAGGUGUUUCUGGCGCGCACCCUGGCGAGGCUGCGUAUGGCGUGCUCCAACGUUACAUUCUGAACUGUUACAUGAAUUUGUCAUGCAAAACUACCCUGAGCACCGGUAGAUGACCAAGCUGCUUCGCAUGACAAAUUUCCGAAUAUCUAAACAGCAUCGAAAUCCGUGCCAAACCUGUGAUGCAAACGCAGCAAGCUUGCGCCUUUGACUGUUGCGGCUUUUGCGUCACAAAUUCAUGUAACAGUUGAGAGUGUAACGUUUGAGAGCGCCAUACUGCGCCCCCUGCUCGACCCGCUGCUGGAUGCAGAGCAAAGUCGGGUGCCAGAACUUUCGGGAAGCCUGCCUGAAGGUACAACGGAGAAUGAAGAUUCUUGCUGCGCAUGUUUAUUUUGCUCUACUUCGGAAAUAAAGGAUUGAUGUAUACAUAGUUUACUGUUACGGCGAGGACUCUCAUCUCUAUCUCUCUUCAUGCGCUCCUGCAAUCAAUAGAAUGAAAACCAAAAUAUUUUCACGUAUUCAACACAUCAUGACCUACAUUCCCGAUGUCUACAGAUAUGGCCGCGAUUGUGGAGCAGCCGGAUAGCCGUCGCUACACGGCGGUGCGGGAUGAUGACGGUAAUGUGGCGGCUUUCAUUUGUCAGGGCUCGGACCUCCGCUCCCGCGUGGACGUGUAUGAUGCCACGUUUAAAAAGAUGCACAAAUUUUACCUGGACAAAAUUGCGGAUCUGGACACCUUAUGCAAUGCAACAGUAUCGUACUUGUACUAGUAUGAAUCGCAUGACAAAUUUGCUCAGUAUGAAAAAUGGAAUUUGUCAUGCUGUUUUACCUUGGGCAGGAGAUUUGUAAUGCAUGACUGCAAUUACAAUUAGAAUAGUGCGAUACUUUUGCACUGGAUACACCUUCGCGGACAACGAAGACGACGAGCACCCGAUCAACUAUGGAAGCUUCAGGAUCGAAAUCGUCAAACUUGAAAUGAUUUGUCAUGCAUAAAAUGCAGCCCAUAAAGUGCCUGUCUUGCAGAGUAGGCAAAUGAGGCAGAUUGUAAGCCUGUUGAGGUGUAGAAACUGAGCUGCUAAAGUAGCAUGACAAAAGGCGUCUUCCUUACCCAAACAGCACGACAAACUGGAUUUCGGUUCUACCCAAAUUUGUCAUGCGCCACUUGGAAGCUGGGUUACAAUUGGCAUCCGUUUUAUGCAUCACAAAUUAUUUCAACUUUGACGAUUUCAAUCCUGACACUCCCAUAUCAACAAAGGUUGGCUGCAGCUGAUCACCGACGCGCAGAGACAGGUUGGCAACGCGUUCCAACCCAAGGGCAGUUAUCCUGAGCAAAAACAUCCACGACACUAGAGUUCUUGUCAUGCUGAUAUGCAAGCACAGAAACACUUCUGUGAUGCGCAUGAUCCAUGAUCCCCAUGCUGAUGAGAGGCAUGAUUUUCAAUCGUGUACUACUGGAUUUUGUGAUGCUGAUGUAAACAAAACAGGAAUAUACCAGGAAGAUGGCUUUGUGAUUGUUCGGGUGUUCAUCUUGCUAACCCGCGUCUUCACAAAAAUGCAGAGAAACAAAACGUGUCAUGCCUCACUCCCGAAACUACCUCUGGAAUUGUCUUGCAGAUGAACACCAACUUGACUAUGGGGGCGCGUGGACGUUUUCUUCAGGUGGAUAGCGGUGACCUGACCUGGCACGCGCACAUCCGGGCGACCUUCCAGAAGGUGCAGAGGGCGUACCGCGCCCUGGCUCCGAAGCUGCUGGACCGGGAGUUUGUCGUGGACCGCCUGGCCGGGCGCGGCCCGGUGGUGCCCGGGGGCACGCCCUAUUACAACGAGUUUCAGUCCCCGUCGAGCCUCUACAAGUGGUUUCUCGACCAGCGGACGUUGGCCGACGCAGCUUUUUGGGCAGAACUCCCGCCGGCCUUGCUGGACCAGUUUCGCCAGUUUGUACCGGCGGUCGACAAAGACUGGAAGACGCUGGUCUGGGCGCGGUGGCGCCCCGUCGUGAAGGGGACGCUGGAGAACUAUUUCGCGCUGGCGUCCGACAUGGUUGGCCAUUUCGGCAAUGUGUUCGGCCCCGGAUUUGACCGCCGGAUGUUUGAGACGCAGGCUGAGCGCAACGUGAACCUGAACCCGCGACAGCAGGAUGUGAUGCGGGUGGCCGGGUAUUUGGCCGACCUUCAGCGCGCCUUUCCCCUUUUCCUUCCCGAGAGCAUGGUUCCAGGGCGCACGCCGGUCCCAGGCGGCUUGGCCGAAGAAGGCGAGAGAGAACGCAAACAGUUUCUCCAGAAGUUAGCCAAACCCUUGGGGGAGGGCAUUGGGCUGGGGGGCUUCAUGACCUGGUACAUACCCAGCCUUCUCGCCGUCCUGGACCUGGUGGACCGGCGCGAGGUGCUCAAGGCCGCGGUGCUGGCCGUCGGUCCGUUGCUGACCUCUAUCCACAGUAAAUUUCCCGUGCAUGAUCACGUACAAAGGCGGAAGUCUCUGCAUAUACAAAACGUGGCUCCGAUCCUAGUAUAGCAUGACAAGUGUGGGUUUAGUCCAAAAUCUGGUGAAAUUUGUCAUGCAUCUUGUACACGACGUACGGGAUGAACGGGAAAUUUGUAUUGCAUAACCUCGAAGCGGAUGCACCAGCUGGUGCGCGAUCUGUUUCAGACGGGUCUGCGGGCGAUCUUGCACCACUCCUUCCUGCACAGGAAGAUCCAGAAAAGCUAUGAAUUGCAAAUAUGUCUGGGUCUGGAUACAAACUUGUGAUGCGCAUUUCACAACACAGAAAGAUCUCUCAUGCAUAGGCAGCAAGAGCUGCCCACUUUCUGUCACCAAAAUCAGGGACCUGUCAUGCGGAUUCGGCAUUGCGGAAGCUUCUCGAAACCUGUGAUGCCAGAGCUUCCAUGCCAGACCUUCUGUGUCAUGCAAAAACAGCACGACUCUGCCAGACCCAGACACUUUGCAUUUGAUAAAAGCGGGGACUUGACUGGAGUCGACACGCGGGGGUACAUGCAGUCGCUAGUUGACCUUUCCCAAAAGACCUACGCCUUUCGCGACGCGUUCGGCUGGGGUGCGUGGCUGAAGAAGCUGCAAAACAAGGAUGACGUUACCACUGCUCUGCUGCUGGAGCCCGUCCUUGCGUGGCUUCACGAAGUAGUACCGUUUCUCGACCGACACGACACGUUCAUCCCGAAUGACCCCUCGCUCGGGAAAAAUGUGAUCUGGCGCACUGCGGAAGCCCUCGCUGAGCACGAGGAGACCGCUGCAACGGAGCGCAGGAUGAACAACAACCAGAACGCUGACGAACUACCGGCGGAAACCGGGUCCGAAACUCGAUUCGGAGCAGCAAACCUCGGGAUUCCCGACACUGGGGUUCUGCGCGCCCUCUAUCCACAGAAACAAAAAGAACCCAUCUCCAUCCACUUUUUGCAUCACAGAUACAGGAUAAUGGACAAUGGCAAUGUCGGCGCGGUUGUUUUAGCAUCACAGAUACAGGAUUUGGUGGACGCGCAUGUUAUAUAUAAUUUUGCAUGUUGAUAGUGAUAAAUUGCAAGCAUGGGAUGAAUGGGUCCGCCGUGUUUUUGUAUGCAUAAUCUCCUCUCGUUGUACACAAAGGUUAAUGGGCCCCCGGGACCCGCGCGCGAGAUCGCCGAGUACCUGGUGGAUUGCGACACGCUCAGUGAUAUUUUCAGCUUCAUUGUGGACGGGUUCGCCCAACAAGGCUGGCGCAAGACCGCGCGCUUCUUCCAGAUCUUUUUGGGUCGGCGACCGGAAGAAAACGUGGUGGACCUCGGAGAAAACUGGAUCGAGCAAGCCGCCGAGGAGUUGGAAUUUUUCUGGGCACAUUUCGCGGAGAAGCGUACUUUGGGCGACCUGGCGCUGUUUGUGCGGUCCUCGGCGGACGAGGCAGAUGAAAGCGUCAACGUUUUGCGAAACUGGCGGAAGAAGGGCUGGACUGUUCUGAUAGAGAUCGUGAAGAACGUGGUAAUGCCGCCCGCGCCCGGAUCUUUGCGCGGCGCCCUCACCCGGCUGCACCAACGGCACGUUGGUUCGGAUUUGCGCACCCUCGAUGGCGUGAUCAAAGCUGUCAAGCGGUCUUCUGAGGUGGGCGAAAGGCUGGUGGAUGUGGCCGUCGUGCUGUUCGUGCGAAACCUCCGAGCUCUCGACCUGCCGGCCCUCUUUCCGCGGGACGCCGACAGUGUAGAUCUGGCGGAGCUGCAGGCGGUCCACGAAGUUUUUCUCGAAAACAUCAAUACCUAUCCCGGCAUGGAGCGCCGCGAGGCCCUGGUGAGUGAGGAACUGCCCGAGAUCACGCACAAUGCUUACUUCAACCGAUUACUGCAGAAACUGCUGCAACGAGGACUACGAGGCCUGGCGCGCGACCGCGCGCGGAGCGUGCAACAAGAGGCACAAAGUACCGCGUCGCAUCGUGGCACAGGAGCGCCGUCCUCUACCGCGGGGACGAGUAGUGCUACGGCGGCUGCAGCUAGUUCUAGUGCUGCUAGCACCAGCACUACACAUCCUGUGUCGAGAAGUGCCGCUGACAGAACCCCUGUUGCUGACAACAUCGCCGGAGAUGGGGACGCCGUCGUGGUUCCCAUGACUGAUGAUGAAGAUCAUGACGCUGGUACAACUGGUGCUGCAAGUGGAAGUGCGCCUGCGGCGGCCAGGCUAUUUGGAGCCGACUUGUACGAGCGAGCGCGCGUGCUAUUUGGAGCGAACGAAGACGAAACUGAUGCUGACGCGUAUGAAAGUGUCAGAAUCGAAAUCGACAAAAUCGAAAAAUUUGUGAUGCACAAAAUCGAUGCCAGUUGGAGCCUCAGUUUCUAAGUGGCGCAUGACAAAUUUCGGGACCACCAAAAUCCAGUCUGUCAUGCUGUUUGGGCAAAGCAGACUGCUCCUGCCAUGCUACUGUGGCAACGCAUUGUAUACCCCUAAACAGGCUUACAAUCGGUCUCAUUUGCCUGCUCCCCAAUACAGGCCUCGCGUGCCCUACAUUUUAUGCAUCGCAAAUUUUUCGAUUUUGUCGAUUUCGAUCAUGACACUCCCAUAACGUGGACGAACAGAAUCAUCCCGACGCCCCACCACCGCUGCGGAUUCGGGAGGUUUGGGAGCUCGUAACGAACCUGUUCGUGUCGCAACUGUUCACGCCCAUUUUGAUAUUCUGUGCAAAAAUGUCUGGGUCUGGAAGAUUGGAACUUGUGAUGCUAACUUUGGACUCUAAAAAAAUCUCUAUUGCGUGACCAGCAAGAGGAGUCUAGUUUGUGCUACGCGGGGAGGGCGUUUGUCAUGCGGAGUAGGCAUCGCGAAGCCCUCUAAAGAAAAUCUGUGACGCUAGGGCGUGCAUUACAGGCGUCCUAGGUCAUGCAAAACAUGCGUGACAAGUCUCAGAAUCUUCCAGACCCAGACACUUUUUCAGUUCAUAUUUCAAACUGCUUGACCAUGUUGCGACGCAGGCGAUGGCCGGCGUCAAAGACAUGAGUGCCGAGAGACUCGCGCAGCCCGUGCGCUGGUUGGACCCGGAUGGGCCGAGCCGCGUGCUGGAGGACCUGAACUGGCGGCCCGGACCGGGGAAUAACGUGGACCCCGCUAGUACCCUGGGCCGGAUCCUCGAGCGCGUCCGAACACACUACACCCGCAUCUUCUCCACCAACUUUGCGGGGCUGUUGCAGCGCUUCGAGAAAGCCGCGAGAAAGAAGCUGGAGCGGGACCUGAAACUGCAGCACUUGGCACCGAACCUGGUUGAGACGCUGCGGGAGAUCGCGAGCAUCAUCGACGACGAAGACCUGCCCGCCCCGAUGAAGCCCUACCUGCACCGUUUCGUCACCGACUACUUUGUAUCAAAUAUAAAAAUGUCUGGGUCUGGAAAGGUCGAACUUGUAAUGCUGGUCUUGCAUUCCUGUGAAAUCUGUAUUGCAUGACCAAGAACAGUGGUAGCCUCUUCUGUCAUACAAAAACGCAGUUUCUCAUGCGGAGUUGGUAUGAGAAAGCGUGCUGCAACCUUGUCAUGCUUUCCUGCAUAAGCAAGUGACUUCCUCUUGCACAUUUUAGCAUCACAAAUUUCCAGACCCAGACAUUUUUACACUUGAUACUUUGACCGCGGCACCGAGAAGCUGAAAAUGGAUCUCAUCCUGGCCUUAUCAAAUGCAAAUAUGUCCGGGUCUGGAAGAAUGCAACUUGUGAUGCUGCAUUUGGAUGUCUAAAAAAUUUGUGUUGCAUGACGGCAAAAGGAAUCUAAUUUCUGCCACGCGGAGAGGGCAUUUGUCAUGCGCAAUAGGCAUCAAGAAUCCCUCAAAAAGCCUGUGAAGCUAGGGCAUGCAUCACAGACAUCGUGGCUCAUGCAAACCGUGCACGACAGGUCUCAGAAUCUUCCAGACCCAGACACUUUUGCAUUUGAUAGGCCUACCUGCAGCAGCCCCCGCACUCGCGCACACUGGGCAAGAUGCUCACACACACGGGACCGUUUCUGCAAAAGAACGUGCAGAUUUUCGCGGACAAGGUAUCAAGAAGAAAAAUCCCCCCUCCCCAUAUCAAAACGAAGUUUCGGAUGCUGGAUUUGAGUACACAAAUCAGAUUUGUCUUGCUGCAGAGGACUGCAGACCCAAACGAAGCCUGAGUAGAGAUGCUGUGACCUAGGCACUUGGCAUGAAAAACGUCCGUGUUGUAGGCCCCACAGCAUGACAAACCGCCCUGCAUAAUGCGGCGGAGCCGGUGGGGUUGCCGUCUUGCAAGACAGACGCGAUUUGUGGUCACAAAUCAGCAACACAAAUUGGGGAGGGGGGAUUUUUCCUCACAAUACAAGGCCAAAAACCCAGACACCCGCGCCCUGCUGCAGUCCUUCCGGCAGAAUUUGGACGCGCCGAUAUCAAAAGGAAAAAUCCCCCCUCCCCAUAUCGAAAACGAGAUUUGUGAUGCUGGAUUUGAGUACACAAAUCGGCUUGUAAUGCUAGAAGGCCAAGAGAGACACAGCUGUGGCCUCGUUUGUAGGCAAUUUGUCAUGCUGUUUCCCACUUCCAGCUGCCCCCUGUCAUGCUGAAGAUGCAACGCUUUCCCACGCCAACCAGCACUAUAGUCUGCAUCUUUCCCCUUCUAGCAUGACAAAGCUGAUUUGUGACCACAAAUCUGCAUCACAAAUUUCUAGUUUGAGUAUGGGGUGGGGGGAUUUUUCCUUUUGAUAGCCGAUGACCUGGUGGCAGGUCUGGGAACAGCUGUGCGGCCCGAAGAAUGAGCACUUCUCCUACUACCACUGGACUUCCUAUGGAAGCGUCAGGAUUGAAAUCGUCAUCAAAGUUGAAGUAGUAGCUUGCGAUGCAUAAAAUCAAGACCAGUUGGAAGCCUAAUUUCCAAGCGGCGCAUGAAGACAAAUGUCGGCACCGUCUAAAUCCAGUUUGUCAUGCUAUUUCGGUACAGAGGACGUCUUUUGUCGUGCUACUUUCACUUUGGCAGCUCUAUCGCAGACCGCAAACUGGCUGACAGUCGAGCUCUCUGGCCAUCCCCGCAAGAGAGGCGCUGAAAAAUGCCUUGCAGUUUAUGCAUGACAAAUUAUUUCAACUUUGUCGAUUUCGAUCCUGACGCUUCCAUACUUACAAAGGGCACUGCCGUCCCGGAAAGUACGACUCCCCCAAACUCUUCCGUCGGCACGACAGCCGUCCCACGGGCUGGCUGGUCACGGUGCGGAAGAACUUGUAUCAAAUGCAAAAAUUAUGUCUGGGUCUGGAAGAAUCCGAACUUGUGAUGCUGCAUUUGGAUUCCAAAAAAAUCUGUAUUGCAUGAGCAGCAAAGAGAAGUUAAUUUUGGCUACGCGCCGGAGAGGGCAUCUGUCAUGCGGAAUAGGCAUCGCGAAGCCCUCAAAAAGUCUGUGAUGCUAGGGCAUGCAUCACAGACAUCAUGGCCCAUGCAAAACGUGCAUGACAAGUCUCAGAAUCUUCCAGACCCAGACACUUUUGCAUUUCAUAACUUGAAUGGGCAGGACACCAGUGACUUCAUCUGGAAGGACCAACCGGUGCACUCUCGGCGGGACCGGGAGCACGUCGCUGCGUUUUUGAACCACGAGAUCGACCUGGAAAGCGCAUUCAGCGACGACGACGAGGAAGCUAGUAAUAGCUCGGGAGGAGCGGUAGCCGCUUCAUCUUCGGGUGCUGCUGUGCUGGCAGGAGCAGGAGUGCCGACAACUACUGCUACAUCAACACCUCGGGCAGUAGACCAGCCUCAACAAGAAGCGUCGAACUACGCGUCCUACAGCGAACACGAGCAUUUAUCCUGAAUAAAAUCGUACCCACACCAGAGUUGUAAUGCAGAUUUGCAAAGACAGGAAGACUUGUAAUGCGCAUCCCCAUGAGAGCCAUUUCCAAUCGUGUUUUGGAAUUUGUGAUGCUCUGAACAGGAUGAGCAGAUGAAUCUGUGACGCGGCUGCACUUGCUAACCUGCACUACACUGCAGAGCGCAACUUGUCAUGGGUGACUCACGAAACUCCUAGGUUUGUGUUGCAAAAUCCCCAUCCUGACUCUGGUGUGGGUACGAUUUUACUCAGGAUAGCACUUCGUGCUGGUUUACGAGGAUCGCCAUCGGUACUUCGCCAAAAUCGCGCCCGACGCGGUUGGCACCAUGGCGCAGGGCCACCUGGUGACGCGGAUGCCUGAGCAGGACGCGGUGGGAGGUGCAGGAACUACUUCUGGUGGGGAUCACGAGGGCGGCCCGGGGCAAGAAAACAAGGAAGGUUCUGAAGAUGACCACGCCACAGGAACAAGCGGCGAGCCCCUAGCACAUUUGAAACAAAUGCUUCAAAAACACGAGCAAAUUGAGAAGGACAUCGAGGAGCUCGAUGACCGCCUCGCGGAAUUCCAGCGAGUAAAGGAUGAGUGGUUGAUAUCAUGAGAAAAAAGUGUUACAGUUGCACAUUGUGUUGCAACACCGGCAACACAGACAGCCUUUCUCGUGCAGGAAAUGCUUGGGAGCCUCGUUUCCUUGCUGUUUUCCCUUAUGAUCUUCGCAUUGCAAGUUUUCUCUGCCACACAGAGAAAAUUUGUGAUGCAGAAACUCCAACACAUGUGUAACUGUAACACUUUUUUCUCGUGAUAGUUGAGAGCAUUACGUGGCGAAGAAGGAUCUUCUUCGUCUUCUGCUGUAGCGGGAGCCGGCGGGGGCGCCCCGGCGCAGGACGAGCAAAUGGAUGCUAACCCAGAUGAAACACCAGAAGAAGCCGAGCGGUUGGAGGCAAAGGAGGUGAACCGGACCCCCGACAAGAUGUGGCUGCGCAUUCAGCGUCCGUACCUCCAGGAUCGCUUGGAGUCGGAGAAGCAGGUGAUUAACAAGAUUCUCGACGACUCCGCAGCGACUGGCGACAGUGCGGAUCUGGUGAGCUCGGUUCGGGCCGGCCUGAACUUUCAAUUCGGUCGCAUCGAGGCUGAGCUGGACAUCUCCAAAGAGGUGGAGAUAUGCAUUGCAAAAGUAUCGUACUUGUAGUACUUGCAUUGCAAUACAAAUUCGCUCAGCGUGAAGACAAAUGAAUUUGUCAUGCUGAUUCACCUUGAAAAGGAUAUUUGUCUUGCAUGGUGACCCAAUCUGUUUAUGCUAGGAGAGGGCUAGUGCGCUGUAGACCCCCAGGACCAGGUAGACUCAGUCCCGACCGAAGUGCUAGGCGCUUAGGGUGGACUAUGUAUGUAGCGCUUAGGGCCCUUCCGUACGGCCAAUUUGUAUGUCCUGCAACGGGGUUCGCCUAUGUCGGUCAUUUGUAUGUGAGGCGAUGGGUUACCCGGUCGGCAGAGCCGAUCCACAACGAACGAUGAUGACUGCGAUUACUUACUACGAGUGCGAUAUUUAUUACUUUUGCAGUGCAUAAGAGAACUUGCAGAAGGCGAACUUGCUGUACAACAGUGAAAACUUCAGCGAGAAGUUCCUUCGCACUCUGAACAGCCACAGCAGUGGCGUCCUCAGCCGCGAGAAGCUGGCGCAGCUGGGUGCCGUCCGCUUUUUGCACCGGAUUGACGACUACACAAAACGGUUCCGCCACGGAGACGAUGACGACGAGGCAGACCUUCCGGAGGAAAAGUAUCCAGUGCAAAUAAAGUAUCGUACUCGUAUAAAUGCAUUACAAAAAAAUUCCUCAGCAUGAGAAAUUAAUAAAAUUUGUAAUGCUGAUUGACCUGAAGAAAAAGAUUUGUAAUGCAUGACUGCAAUACGAGUACGAUGUCGAUGCUUUUGCAGUGCAUAAAAAGCGGCGACCCGCAAUCCUGACCGAAUUUGCAGAGGGUAUGACGUUGCAAGCCUGGGCACUACAAGCGGCAAGUGAAGACAAUCAUGACGCUGUUGCUAGAAUCUCCUCCUCCUCUCAGCAAGCUUCCGUGUGCCUGGUCGCGGAAAACCUGUCCAACCUGUUUCGUCUUUGGUCUUACCAUAUCAAAUGCAAAAAUGUCUGGGUCUGGAAGGUUUCAACUUGUGAUGCUGUUUUUGGAAUCUAAAAAAAUCUGUAUUGCAUGACCAGCAAGAGGCGCCCAGCUUGUGCUAUGCGGGGACGGUAUUUCUCAUGCGGAAUAGGCAUUAGGAAGCCCUAUAAAAAUCUGUGAUGCUAGGGCAUGCAUUGCAGACAUCAUGGGUCACGCAAAAUAUGCAUGACAAACAUAGCGAUCUUCCAGACCCAGACAUGUUUGCAUUUGAUAUACCACGCUUUGUUUGCGCCGUCCCACACCUUUUUCCACGGGGAUCCGCACCCGGGGAACAUCAUGGUGCAUCCCGAAACGGGAAAGCUGACGUUCAUCGACUUCGGAUUCGCGUUCAACCAGAACACAAAAACGAACCUGCUCGCCCACUUCACCCAGUACGUGAAAGGCGUGCUCCGCAAGGACGUGAAAGCGUUCCAGACACUGUUCAACAACCUCCCCGAGUACCGGAUGCAAAAGUGUCGUAAUAGAUAAGUAGUACCUAAUCGCAUCUUCACAAUUUUUUUCUUCAGCAUGUUGAGAAAUGAAAUUUGUAAUGCGGAUCUACCUCAAGAAAAUAAAUUUGUAAUGGACGACUGCAGUUAAUACCACCAGUACGAUUAUACUUUUGCAAUGCAUACCACGGACGACCCGCUGAUCCUCGCACUGGCCACCGCGCUCGAGUCCCCCGACCUGGCGGCGCAGCCGCCGGAAAAGCAGAUCAUGACGGUGGCCACGGGGGUGGUGUUCCGCCACAUGCUACAAAAUGCAAAUAUGUCUGGGUCUGGAAACUUGUAAUGCAAGACAGUCAAUAACAAAUGCACUGUAAUGCGCCGCCAAGCAUGACAAGUUUUUUUGUGCUUCUGUGCUGCGUUAUUCCGCAUGAGAAACUGUGUUUUUUCAUGACAUGCGAGAGAGGCUCUCUGUGGCCACGCAAUACAGAUUUGACGGCCAUGCCAGAUCAGCAUGACAAGUCUCGCAAUCUUCCGACACUUUUGCACUUGAUACAUGCACCGGCUCCCGGAGAUGCUGGCCCUGCGGGAGUUCCUGUUGGCCCUCGGCCUGUUUAUCGACGGGUUCCUGCUCCUUGAGAAGCACCGCGGGCCCGAAAUCCGGCAGUGUGCCGCCGCCGCGGCGGCAAGGCAGCGCGGCAGUAGCCUGCGCCGGCUCGUGACGCCCGACUGGUACUCAAACCCCCUGGAGCGGCCCACCACCAUCCUGUUUCGCAGUCUGGACACCGGGGACCAGCUGUCUCUCUUCGCGCACGGGAUGCUCGCAAAAUUGUGGACGUCGUCGACCAGGGCGGCUAGUACUGCAAGUGGUGGAGUUGUUGUCGGAGCUAGUGCUGAAGCUAAUUCUGGAAGAACAUCAGCGGAUGCAGAAAUGUUACCCGGGACAGCUUCAGGAGUAGCCGCAUCUUCAUCCUCUUCGAGCGCAAAUCCAGCACCACCUGCUUCCGCCGGACAGUGAAAAGGAAAAAGUAAAUGAAAAUGUGGACAAUUUCGCGCUGGUGCAUGUUGUAUAUUUUUUGUCAAGAACAAAGACAAACCACGGCCACGAGGAUGAGGACCGUUCUUGAGGUUUCGGUGUAGUCGGUGAUCUACAAGAUAAGCCUAGGACGAGAUCGGACAAAACCAGACCGGGCUCAUCUGAUCUUUUGAAAAUAAACUUAACUUACAUGAGUGAGGAUUUUGUAAAGGUAAAGAAUGUACUAAAGUUCGGUCUCGUACUAUAGAAAUACACAGUUGAUACCAUAUCGCAGAAGAUCUCACCGAUUUUGUUGAAGCGCAAGCCUUUGUUUUUACGGAAGCAAUACUAUUACUAAUUCGAAGAUACGGCGCUAUUAGCAAAGCUGCAAAUAGAAAUAAUCAUAUUUAUCAGCACGGAAGGUGCGACGUGGAUCGCACGACAAGUCCUUGUGAAGAUUGCGUCGAACCUUAUUUCUGCUUGGUGACCACCCUGUUUUUGGAUAUUUUGUAUGCUUUCGCGAUGUACGAAAUACAACGACAGCUAGACGCAGUUGUGCCGAUGUUGAACAAAACAUCUACAGCUAGUAAGUACUCGAAUCUUUGUUUUUGAGCACGUUAUAUAUUUGCAUACACUUCUACAGUAGAGGACAUACUUGGUAAGGAUACUAGUUCCUUCUCUGCACGACCAUCUUCACGCUCCUCCUUCACGGGGCAGUAAGUUAAGGGUGUGAAAAAUUCAGCUUUAAGAGCAGCUUUGAAAAUUCGGCCUGUGGGUUUUUAUUUCAGUCGCAGGGACCUUCAGAGUCGGCGCCAACAUACAGCGGCGCCGCCAGCUCAUUUCGAGCCCGAUUUUGCGCGCGGAAGGUCGCAACUCGUGCGAAAGCGACGCUUCGCGCUGUGAAGCAUCUUUUUCGCGUCGUUUGCGAUGUUCUGCGCAUAUUCUGCGCACCGUUGCCAGCAUUAUGCGCGCAAUUCGUCAGUACUUGGCGAACUGCACACAGAGCAAGUUGGGGAGCUGGUUCGCGAACACAUCAAAAAACAAUAGUAAGAACACCACACAAAACGAGUCAAAGAACGCCACACAAAACGAGUCAAGAAACAGCAUAGCGAAAAGACAGCGUUAGGCGCGGAUAAGCGCUUCCAAAGAUGCUUGCUUUUUUGUGCUCAAAAAGCCACGGCUCUGCGAUCAAAAAAAAGCGCGGCUGUUUCUUGCUCUCAGUUUCGAACGGGCACUGGAACUCUCCCGACUCUCAAGUGGGCAAAGUUCCAGUUCCCGUUCCUGUAGCUUUCUCUUCAAAGCUCCAGCGCUCAGAUACUGGGUUAUGGCAUUCGCCAUGCACUUUUUCAUAGCGUUUGCUAUGCCAUUUUUUAUUACAGUCCGACUGCGUCAACUUUGACUGUUAAAGAAUGCUACCAAAAACACCAUUAACGAAAACACAAAGUCGCUCUUGCUUAUCCCCACCUAACGCUGUGAUUUCCUUAUUGUGUUUUCUGACCUGUUUUCUGACCCAUGUUGGUGACCCAGUUUAAACGAGUUAAAAAAGUGCACUUCUUUGCUGUAAAACGUGCGCUUUUUUUGUUGUGCUUUUUGUUGCUUCCAAAAAAGGCAUUUCUUUGGUCUUCAUGAAGGGGUUUUUUUUUGGGUCCAAAAGGUUGCAGGCUUUAGGGCUCAGCAACCAAGGCGCCCACGUCGUUUGAAACGAAGGAGGCGCCUGGGUCGCGCAGUUAGAAAGCCCAUGGGCCACGCACUCCAGAUUCCUCACGCAUUGCAAAUUCCGUGAAGAAUGGAAUGCGCAAUGCGCAAGCCGGAAAUCGAGGUAUGGAGUUGUGUCGUAUGGAGCCUUGGCAAUUACAAACUCCAUCCCUCAUGCGUUCCAAAUUGCUCACGCAUUACAUAUUCCAUGAAGAAUGGAAUUUGUAAAUGUGUAGACCGCAGCCUGGAGGAGUGGAGUUCUGUAAUGCGGAACGUUCGCGACUUUUUCACAGAAAAAGUUGCAUGAGUUCCAGCUUCCGUGACAUCAGAAAAAGCGCGGCAUUUUAAGGUCAAAAAGUGAAUGCUUCUUCUGGAUUGCUUAUCCGCCUCUAGCGCUGUCUUUUCGGCGUGUUGUUUUUUGACCUGUUCUCUGUGUUGUUUUUUGACCUGUUCUCUGUGUUGUUUUUUGUUACUUCUCUCCACGACCAUCUGCACGCUGCUCCUUCACGGGCGGGCAGUAAGAUAUGUGCUCGACAGGAAGACUUCUAUCCCACUGUAGAAAUACACGAAAAUAACGAUGAAAGCUAACAAAAAUAAGAACGUGGAUGAAGUUGUAUUGAUUGCUCCUUAUUGCGCGCCUAAGAGGGCUCCAAUUUUGGAUUUAGAACAGUAGUUUAUGAUUAUAUAGUUGUACCACAAAGAUGAAAAGUUUUUUCCAUAUUUUUCCGUUGUGAAGGUGGCCUUUCGUAGAAUUCGGUCCUGCAGGUUGAAGAUCUUGAGCGUGAAGAUCAUGCGCUGCGGGAAUUAUAAAACGUAGAAUGAAAAAACCAAGACCAACGCUCUAGUUGUAUUUAUCAUGGACUUCGGCGAAGCAAGUUGUAGUACUCUUUAUCUACGAAUUGCUUUUCGCUGAAACCUGUGAUGUCGAAACCGAGGAGGGCAGCACUUGCAUUUAUAUUUAUACAAAACCGAUUUCUAUUUGCGCGCAAAAUUUUUAAGUGCGGGAGUGCUACGUCCUCCACAGACACCAAGACCGAAGUAGACCUUAUCUGACGUCGUGGUGGUAUUUUUGCCAACUACGGCCUGCAAAAAAGUCUUCAGCUGCAUAUAA